CUAGGAUGUCAUAAAGCUGAUGUCAUUUGUACUUUCAUUUUUAAAUUUCUAACGAAAACAUGCAUUGAUACGGUAUCAGUAGCUGUCAGACGAUCUCUUAGUAGCUGUAUUAACUUUCCCGUGCAAAUGAAGGCCAUCGCAGAUGUUCUACAAACUACUACUCUCUGUCCCCCAACUGGUGCGCCAUGAAUGCUGACAUGAUUUCCUAAUACCAUAUUAAAGAUUUAAAUUCACGUAUAUAGAAUGAAGUCAGAGAAUGAAGACCAUAAAAAAGAAUCUUAUAAAUUUCACCUUUGCAGUUCAUAUAGCAUGUUUUGCAUCUGUAUCAGAUAUGAUUUUCCCAACAAUUGGUCAAAAUCGUCUUGAAAUUGUCGGCAGAAAAAGCAGUACUAACAUAUGCCCUAGCUUGCCUCAAUGGGAAGUUAGAUCUCAGCAGCUGUGUUACUACGAUGAGAAAUUGUACCACUGCCUUCUGACUAGAAGCGAUCACUAUCUAGAGGUCUGCACAAAACCUGUUGAUGUUCAACCAGGUCAUUAUCCUAGGAUUUCGGAGGAACUAGACAAACUGUACUCUGAACAAUGUCCAGAGGACAGAUAUCAACCUGAGGGAGCUCAGUCCAACAAGUUCAAAAAGGUCACUUGUGAUUAUAUGAAGGCAAAAUGUAAUGGUCUCGGUGAGGACUACUGUAACCAUGGCAACUUGACAGUGGAUUCACAGUGUAAAUGUGACUACCUUAGAGGAUACAUAGCUUUGGAGUACCUCUUAGACAACCCCCUGAACAAGUCAUGUUACAGUAAGAAAGAUGCUGGCAGGGGAUGCAUAAUGUAUACAUGCACUGAUCCUGACAAGGAAUUAAACCCAGCCUACAUGUGUGUUAAAAAGUGUGAUCCAGGAUUUCAUCGUCCACCAGACCAGUUUGAUUGUAUACAGAACAAAUCAACUUCCAUUCCAUCAAGUUCUCCUGUCCCAGUUACAGAUAAUCCAGCCACAACCAGAGCAAAACCAGUAACAACCAGUUCACCAGCUACUUCAUACCCACCAAAGGAGAAACACAGCGUGGAGGAGUGGCAGAUCGCAGGCAUCGUCACCAUCAUUGUCAUCGUCAUUGUCAUCAUAGUUCUGUUUGUGUAUUUCUUGAUGGAAAAAUACUUCAAAAUCCACAUGAGACAUUCCCAUGUGAUGCAAGUUGAACCCAGUAAAGAUGCAGUUCUGACAGCAGAAGUUCCAGGCUUCUCCCUGUGUAAGAUCGAAUUCAACUGGACCUUCAUUAGAAAAGAAGAUGUAAACCACGAGGAAAAUGAUUGUGAGGGAAACGACCAUUUCUGUAUACAGACUGAGGGCUGUUCCUCCAAACUCACUAUCAGCAAAGUGGCCGUGCAGGACGAGGCGGACUAUGUCUGUUCAGCCAACUUGAAAUGCUGGUCAAGAAUCGCAGACAAAUCUUCUACAACAGUGAUUGUCAAAGGAGGUGAAAUUUAUACUCCUGUUCCAACACCAAUGUCUAGCCCAGAACUCAAACAUGACAAAACACAACCAAAUGGAAAUGGAGCUCCAAAAACACCAAUGGAUACGGAUGAUGAACAUGAUGGCAAACGGAAGAUAAUAGCUGGUACUUACAUUGAAAAUCUUCAUAUAAAGGAUGGAAAACACAUUGCCAUAGGUGAUGGAAAUACCCUAAUUGUCAAAUACGAGAAAAAGAAGAAGAAAUCAAGGAAGAGAAAGGAAAGAAAAAAGGACGAUGACUCUGAUGACAGUACAUCAUGUGACAGUGAUACACCCCUCAUGGAGGAAACUCCGAAAUCGGCCACUAGUUUUCAAAGAGAGUUGAAAAAAUUGGACACGUUAGCAAAAACGUCAGUACACAAGCUAACAGUUGUGGAUGUGCCUCGUGAUGGGAGUUGUCUGUAUCACGCUUUCAUCAUGAGUAAAAGUAUCCACGAACUGACGCAUGAUACACCAGAGCUCAGAAGACAGCUAGUCAAAUUUCUGGAAUCCAAUCCAGACACUCCCAAUGGACUUCCAUACAAAGACUUCCUCUGUCUUCCACUGGAUUCAGACCAUGGUGCACUUGAACCUGAAGACAUGGCCAUAGAGAGAGUGAAAGAAGAGGAAAAUCAGAAAGAACUGAGGUGGCAGAGGUUUCUGAAGAAGAUCCAGGAUGGGGAGUGGGGAGGGAGUCUAGAGAUUAUGGGGUUGGCUCAGCUGUACAAUGUCCCAGUCACUGUUUUAUCAGUGGGGCAGAAUGGAUUUAGACUCUUAGAAACCAAAUUCAAUCAUACUAUUACAACUACUCUGAAUCCUGUAAUUUUCAUUGGUCAUUUGAAGAUACAUGGAAAAGGAGUACAUUUUGUGGCCUUCAAGCCUCUCGAGGAAAAAGCAGUUGAACAACCUACAAGCAUGCAGCACGGAGAGGAACACAGGAAGGUGAUCGACAGCAGCUACCCCUACAGAGACGAUAAGGUCAUUGUCACCCACGAACUGGACAAACGGAUAGGCUGCAUAGAGUACACAACCAACAAGAGAACCAAUGGGACCGGCUUCAGGGUGGGCAGCAAGUAUGUCAUGACGGCAUUUCACGUCAUGCAGGACAUUCUCGUACCAUUCUGGAAAGAAGUGUACAAACGACUAGAUAACACCGAAAAACGUGGAAUGGAUUGGGCUUUGGAUGUACCAAUGCCUGGCAGAUGGAAUCUCUCUAAACUUUUAUCAUCACUGGACCCCAGCAAACAAGCAACACUUGAGAAAAUAGGAGAAGAAAUGAUUAAAGACACUUGCCAUAUCAAGUUUGGUUUUGUGGGUGGCGAUUCAGAAACUGUUCUCAGGUUCUCAUGUGACGUGGCGUUUGCGUCCCCUGAACAUGAUGUUGUGAUAUUAGAACUGGCAGACCAGCCAAAGACUCUCCCCAGACCUCUCAUUAUGAAGGAUACCAACAUCCCUAAUGCAAAACUACACAUAAUUGGACAUCCAAAAGGAAUUGAGUUACAACAUGACCCUGGUUGUAAAACCAUUGAGAAUCAGGCAGAAUUAACUGAGCUUGUGAAUAAGGGCAUUAGUUUCUUCACGAGUCAGGGUUACAACAGUGACCAAGUAAUGGCAGACUACGCUCCCUGUGUUUUGUCACCGGACCACAUAUUGUUCCACUGCUCAGAAAGCACCGCUCACGGAGCCUCGGGGUCUCCACUCAUUGUCAUUAAAGACAUCCCCAAAGUCACGGGGAUGUUGCUGAGGGGUCACCCUCAUCUGUAUUACAAUUACAGUAAAGGCGAGGACCGCCCAGACCUUCUGGUGGAGUCCGGAAUUUCCAUGGAAAAAAUCAAGUCCCUCUUGGUUGAGCACUCUCUACACCAUCUAGUAGAUGAUUUAUUCUCACAAGAUUUAUUGAUGUAACAUUGUAGAAGCUAUUCAAACUGUGAUACAGUAUCAUUAUAUUGUACUAACAAUAACUUUAUACAGUAUUUCAUUACAUUGUACUAACAUUAAUUAACUUUAUGCUUAUAAACCCAUAUAUAAAAAGCAUAUCUGUACAUGUAUACAUAGUCAAACUUACUUUGUGCUCAGCUCAAAUUCUUUUCAUGUAAUUGCUCAAAUGUGGCAUUUUAGAUGUAAAUUUCAUAUAAGAUAUACAUUUCACAGAGCAUAAAAUAGAAUAACCUAAGGUUGUCGAUCAACUUGUACUUCAUGAUUUUAAAAUCAAACUUUUCUUUGGGUUGCAGAGUAUUUUAAAAAUGCACCUGUAAUUCUUAAUUUUCACACAUGAAAUUGAUUUAGUACAUUUAUGGCUAAUUUCAAAGAUGAAGGGCAUAUUGUGUUUGUGCAAGUUCAAGUCCAUUCAUCAAGGUAGAAUUUACCACAAUUGAGCAUAGCCACUCUAAGGGGCAUUGUGUUUUACAAACAUAUCUUGUAUUUACAAUUAUUAGUUAGUUCAAAUCAAGACCGAAUAAUUAUUUUGAUACAAGUAUUUAUUUUCCCAAUUUCAAUGAGCUGAAAAGAUUGACAAAGUAUUUUGUUCUUACAAUUAAUAAUGUGAUUAUGUAUUUUUAUUACCAAAUUUUGUAUAGUCAUAUCUUUGUAGUUUUGUGUGCAACACAUGCAUUAAUUGCUUUUGUGUGACACAUGGUUCAAAUUAUUAAUGAAAGAAUAAUCAACACACAGAAAGUGGCCAUGUUUUAAAAUACUGAAAGUGCUAUAUACCUGUAUCUUUUGAAACACUGAAAGUGCUAUAUACCUGUAUCUUUUCAUCAGAGGCAGCUAUAAUUGUAAAAGUCAGCAAAUUGCACCACCUCCUGCCACAAUGUCUACCACUACGAGGUACAUGUAUAUUUUUACUCCGUGUAAAAGGUAUUUUUGAUCUGGGUGCUUCCCCCAAGAUUUGAUAUAUUUUCAUUGCAUUUAGGAGUAACAAAAACAGAUAUAUUUGCUCAAUCAGUAUAAAGGUGGUGUGCUUGAUGGCAACCAUUUCCAACAUUUUAUAUAUUUUAGAUGGUAUUCAAAUUGGCAAUAUUUUACUUCCAAGUGUUGAAGUUUUUAAACAUUUUUGUAUGAAGGACGUUUCCCUAGUGACCCUUUUAAUAGUCAAACUGAUCAGAUUCUUCUGCCUAUGUCAAAAACUUUCACUUUAAAUAUGGUCAGAUCUUUGUCAUACCACAUGUUCAUAAUACCAUACAGAAGUUCUUAUCAGUGUGAGAUGCAGCACUAGAUGUAAUUCAAGGUCACAACAUGCAUAUUCCAUUUAAUAACAGAGAAGUAACAUGAAUUUAAGAAAGUAGAAAUGUGCCAAAAACAAGUAUUGCCCAUUUAGAACAAUACUAGUACAAUUGUGUUGAAAUUGCAUGUCUGACAAAUUGAUCGAUAAUGUACAUAAAUCGGAGAUUAUAUAGUAUUUUAUUUAUAUACACAUGUACAUGUGUUUAUCAGGAACCCUCUGUGAAGAUUCCCAUGUUUGCACAUGUAUCCAAUGAUCUAUUGUUGCCUACAAUGAUCUCUCACAAAGGAGUACAAUGGUGUAAUUUCAAAUGGAGUUAUAUUCUUGACAAACUCUUUAUAGCUUAUAGUUCAUUCAUUCAACGAGAUCUCAAUGUGUUAAUAUUUUGUACAAGAACAAGUUUUUUGAAGUUGCAUUCGUAUCUGUUGAGAACUGUAGUACAUUACAACUACAAUAUCAGAAUGCAAGGUUUGUUUGAAAUCUGUUCAGAAUUUGAAUUGUAGAAUUUAUAUUUAUUACAGAAUUUUAUAAUCAC